AUGGCAUCAAUCAAUUCUUCAAUUCUUUGGAAGCACUUUGAAGUGUUGACGUUGACAAAAAAUAUGCGGUUAGAAAGUGCUACAAAUCAAUCAAAUUUGGAAGAAUUGAAAAGGUUUUCCGAUUGGAUUCUUCAGAUUGGAGAAGGGCGUAUUGGGACAAUAAUUAACGAAAAGCUUUUAGUUCAAAUUCCAAAUGAGUUUCUGAUUUUUCCUUCUGAUAAUCCAAUUGAUGAUAUUAUAAAUGCAAUUUAUCCUGACAUAGUUAGAAACUUUGAUGAUACUGGUUUUUUCCAAGACAGAGCCAUAUUAGCUCCAACAGUAGAGAUUGUUGAAGAAAUCAAUGAUCACAUUGUUCAAUUGCUACCUGGGACAGAAAAAGAGUAUCUAAGUGCUGAUUCUAUAUGUGGUAGUGAUGCUUAUUGUGACGUUGAUGUUGAUUGGAUAAAUACUGAGUUUUUGAAUCAAAUAAAAUGUUCAGGGUUACCGAAUCACUCAUUGAAAUUGAAGAAAGGUGUGCCUAUUAUUUUGUUGAGAAAUAUUGAUCCAGCUGGUGGUUUAUGCAAUGGUACUCGCCUUAUUGUUAGAGAUCUAGGAACAAAUGUGAUUGGAGCUGAGAUUGUCUCAGGGAGUCACAUUGGAGAUAAAACAUGUGCUGCAAAUGCAAAUGAAAAAGGUGACAAGGCUUCCUUGAUUCCUCACUCCAGACGGCCUGCACUCCCCUCUCUGCAAAUACCCCCAUAG